UCUGACACAGGAGGAGAGCACUGCACACACAAUACAAAAAUCCAACACGUCUGUGGGAAAAAAAUGCUUAAGUCAACCAUCGCUUUAUUGCUGCUGGCCACACUGUGCGCCGCCGAAGCACCCACCCGUUUCCGCGUAGUGCCCCGUCGUCCAGUAGGCGCACGCGUUCGUUUCCUGGCGCGCCAACAAGCCGCACCAGCACCAACCGGUUAUCCUGCGGCAGGCGUAACGCCAGAAAUACCUUUCGACUUGCCCUCAUCAACUGUCAAACCGGAUGUGGCCUACUUGCCGCCAGAUAAUACCUAUGGACCACCACCACCUCAACCACAACCGGAUGCCACUUACGGUCCGCCACCAUCAACACCACACAGCACCUACCGACCGCCAACUGAAGAGCCUAUCACACCUGACGCGGUGUAUGGUCCACCUGAUAACACCUAUUUGCCGCCCGAGGAAAACAUCACAGAGCACGACGUUGACGAGGUAGCAGAAACAGAGGUGGAGGUCGCCGUUGCAGAGCAAGAACCAAUUGUCCCACAGCCGGAGAUUAGUGAUGAGCGCCAAGAUGAAGGUGAGGAGGAGGGUGAAGAGAUUUUCGUUGCUGUAGCUGAAGACGGCUCCGUCGUUGCGGUUAGCAACUCAUUUGACGCACAGGAAGGUGCAGCAGCGCCACAACAACCAGCUCGCUUGGUCUUCCAACGUUUCCCACAAGGAGGGCGCCGCCAGCCGACUGAUGAGCCUGCACCAGCACGUUUAAUUAAGGCGCGUCGUGUGGCACCGACCAAGUUGAAAAUAGUGCAGCGUGUGCAACCACAGCAAAAGCCACAGGGAUUCUCGUUCGCCUCGCAAUACACUGCGUGGUAGUUAAUUAAGAUAUUUGAAGGAACUGUGUUACGUAGUCAUUGCCUGUAUGCAU